AAAAUUUACUGAGCAGAAACAUGAUGAUGCUUUGAAUGCAGUGCGCCAUGGCGCCAAUGGACCUCUCGCAAUUGUCUAGCAAUUGGAAGAAAUUACAAGCUACACUGCCCAAGAAAGCAGACAAGGGGAGCAUCGCGCUCAAACGAAAACGACCCGAUGCGACGAAAGAAAAGCCGUCGAAGAAACGACAGAGGCUUGAUUCAGCGACCGCAACCGUCCAUACGAACAAGAGCAAGGACUCAAUGAAUAAUUCACAUGCCUCGAAGCGAAUGCGGCACUCUAAAAGCGCGCCCGACUUGAAGGAACGCACAAAAGAUUCCAAAGAUGGCGAACAGGACGCAGAAGAGAAUGAAAGGCCUUCUUCAGCACAAGAUGUCCGUGACAAACUCAGCGAAUCUGAGGCACAAGUCAAUGAGGGUGUAUCACAAACAGCUAUAGCAGGCAAAUACAUCGCUCUUGACUGCGAAAUGGUGGGCUACGGGCCUAACCCGCGCUCCGACAGUCAAGUCGCACGCGUAUCUAUCGUAAACUACCACGGCGAGCAGAUCUACGACUCCUUCGUUUUGCCUCAGGUUCCUGUUACGGACUACCGCACGGCUAUCACGGGGCUCACGGAAUCCAGCCUGAAGGCCGGACGACCGUUCAAGGAGGUGCAGCGAGAUGUGGCCACCUUUUUGAAGGGCAGGGUACUGAUUGGACAUGCUCUGAAAGGAGACUUGGACGUGUUGAUGCUGACCCAUCCGCGGAGGGAUAUCCGCGACACGAGUCGACAUGCUCCGUAUAGAGCGCUGAGCGCUGGGAAGACGCCUGCGUUGCGAAUGUUGUGCAAGGAAGUGUUGGGGCUGGAGAUACAGUCCGGCCAUCAUUCCAGUGUUGAGGAUGCACGAGCGGCAAUGCUGUUGUAUCGCAAAGAGAAGGACGCCUUCGAAGCGGAGUACGCAGCCAAGUUUGGAAGACGAGCGCUGCUGAGUAGCGCAGAGAGCAUCGUUGAGGGACGUUCAAGUGGAUCUUCAAAGAAGAAGAAAAAGAAGGGCAAAAGGUGACAUAGGAAGCAGGUGAAAUGAUGUUGUAUACCCCCAGAAGUAAAUUAGAUGGUAGCGCGGCUCUGGUCGUAGGCCACUUUAAGGAUUCCGACAGCGCUAAGUUCUAGGAUAGAUCUCUGACAUAUGUACAGCAGAAAAGGGAUUGAGCAAUUUCGUCAUCACGUUCAUCUGCCAUAUCCCCCGUCGAUAGUAGAUGCUCUUUAGUGUUGGGAGUCAUGCUCUGUAGG